AUGGACGGUGCCAGUGUUCUUGCAAAAUGCCUCAAAGAACAGGGCGUGGAAUAUAUGUUCGGCGUGGUAGGUUUUCCUAUCAUCGAGGUUGGAGUGGCUGCUCAAGCAUUCGAUAUCAAAUACGUUGGAUGCAUAAAUGAGCAGGCGGCUUGCUAUGCAGCUCAGGCCAUGGGCUACCUGACGAGGAAACCUGCCGUGUGCUUGGUAGUGUCUGGCCCAGGCCUGCUGCAUGCCGUUGGUGGACUUGCCAAUGCUACUGUGAAUUGUUGGUUCGCGCCAACUGAGUGUGGUCCCCAGACAUUAGAGCGGUGUUACCGUCAUCUCUGUAUCAUUUGUGAGAAAAUCGUUUACACACUCCCAUGGCGAUUGAGCGAGCACCUUAUGGGAACUCUGCUGUCAUGGGUGUGG